AUGUCGAAGAAAAUUGUGGUGAAGCUGGAGGUGAACAGCGGUAAGGAUAAGCAGAAGGCCAUGAAGGCCGUCUCGGCGCUCGUCGGCAUAGACGCGCUGUCCGUGGACAUGGGCACCCGCAAGAUGACGGUGGUCGGCAUGGUGGACCCGGUGGACGUGGUGAGCAAGCUGCGCAAGGGGUGGUCGGCGUCCAUCGACUCGGUCGGCCCGGCCAAGGAGCCCGAGAAGGAGGGCGAGAAGAAGGACGGCGCCGACGCCAAGAAGGAAGGGGAGGGGGAGAAGAAGGACGGCGACGGCAAGGACGGGGCCAAGAAGGGCGACGGCGAGGCGAAGCCGCCGCAGCCGACGGAGGAGCAGCUCAUGGCCGAGUUCAUGAACCAGUACAGGUCGGCUUAUUCGGCCUACCACAACCCCUACAUGAACAGCCACUACGUGGUGCAGAGCAUGGAGGAGAACCCCAACUCCUGCACCAUCUGCUAA